CGCGCAUCCCUUUCCCCCACAAAAAUUUCGAAACACCCCCGAUCCGUUUCCGGCCAAGUUUUCCGCGAAGGCAGAAGCAAGAAUCUCCCGGAAGAACACGCUCCGAUAUGGACGGGCACGACUCAGAAAAGCAGAGCACUGCUGAUAUGACAGCUUUUGUGCAAAAUCUUCUUCAGCAGAUGCAAUCAAGGUUCCAGACUAUGUCCGAGUCCAUCAUCACAAAGAUUGAUGAGAUGGGCACCCGAAUCGAUGAGCUUGAGCAGAGCAUCAAUGAUCUUAAAAAUGAGAUGGGGAUAGAGGGGUCUCCAUCUCCUGCUCCUUCCAAGCAGAAGUCAGCUGAAGAUUCAGCUUGAAACAGUUCAACGAGCAUAUUGUCGAAGGAUGUGAUGGUUCUUGGCGAUUUUGUUUGGAACCGUAGGGAAAAAAGUGAAAUACAUUGUAAGACUUGAGUGUGAUGAUACCUCUGUUUCUGUCUUUCUUUCUUUCCUGUGGUUUUAUGUUGAGUUGAGACCUUUUAUGACAAUCCUCAUGUCUUACGAUCACGGUUCGGAUGUAUUAAUUUAGAAGCAUACAGAAUUUGAAAUCCUUUUAGAUCUCCA